AUGGCAUCUACCCAACAGAUCAGUCGGCAAUCCAAUGCCUCCGUUCGAUUGGAUCAAAUCCAGUCUGAAAAGCCUAGAAUAGAAGUUGUUCUAAAGAAAAAUAGUGAUGCUGAAACAUUAGCAAGUACCUCCAGCAACGAAGAGAAACGAGAGAAACUGGCUGCAACAGAAUCAAGGCAGCCUCAGGCGGCACAGUUGAAAGAGAAAAGGCAGCAAGAAAGGUUGAGAGAGGCAUUAGACAAGGAAUUAGAUGAUUUAGAUCUUCCGAAAUUGGAAGAUCAGGUGAAACAAAUUCCGCGCAAAGGAAAGAACUUGGAUUGGGUUCCGGAUUCUAUCGUCAUUACCAACAAAGAUUACGACUCUGACGAUGACGAAUCAGAUAAUUGCUCACUGAUAUCUGGGCUUACGCUACCGCAAGAAAUCUCGCUUUUAAGACAGAUUGCCGAUAAACAUCAUCAUACUCACAGUAGGCAGAGCAGGACCAGUAGUAGGACAAAGGAAAAGAGCAAAUCUUCAUCCAAGGGCAGCAAGUCAUCCAGGAAAACGAGAAACAAGGUGGCCGCAAGCCAGAUAUCUUCCAAAUCUGCGGAUAUUGCUUCUCACGGUAAACGGAAGAGUCGACCGACCACUGAUGCAGGAGAUCUAAAACCUGAUCGAGCUCAGAACAUGGAGAUUGAAAUCAAAAUGAAUGGCCAGAUCCAAAAAGGUAGCUAUUCCGGAGCUCUCUCACAGACAGUACCCCGCCUACCAUAUGGUGCCGGAAUCAUCAAGUUUGACAAUGGUGACAUGUACAUGGGUGAUAUGAUGGACGGCCAAAUGCACGGGCACGGUACUUUGGUGAAUGGAGACACGGUGCUCCGAGGAGAGUUUGAACACAAUAUGUUUGUAGUAUGA